AUGUCUAGUCCUCCCAUAUUGUUGCAUGCCACACCUUCUCUCGACCCUCUGCCAGCCUCAGACGCUGAAUCGCUUUAUCUAGCUUCUUUACUGCAAUUGUCAUGUCCUGGAAGAUGGGCAAUAACGACAGGACGAUGGGGAUACAAUGGCGGUAAAUUACCGUAUAUAACGCAUUUAGGACAUCACAUUCGACAAAACCAUAUAACGUCUUUACCGAUGAUUGAUGAUCCCGAUUCUUCCUUAUCAAGGGAAGAUAAAGUAGACUCUGUUUGCUGGAAAGCUUACAUCAAUCAGAAUAUCACUGACUUGGUGAAUCAUACGUUUUAUUCCCUCCCACCUAACUAUACUCAAACUAUCGCAAAAGCUCAAUUGAACGACUUGACUUUCCCUGAGAACCAAUAUAUCCCCCAACGGCUGAGAAGUAUCGUCAGAUCGAGAUUGCAGCAUGUUGGCUUAUGGGGUCUAGGCGGUCUUAACGAUGGUGAUGCAGCGGACGAGGAUCGAAAGAAGCUAGAUGAGGCGUUUGUUGUUGGACCUGCUGGAACAUUAGCUCCUAGAGCUUGGAGCGGUUGGAGAGCUGGUAGAGAUAUGGAGGAUAGACGAAAGAAAUGGGGUGAACAAGAACUCGUGAAGAAGAUCAAGACUGCCUUCGAUCCACUCGUCCGGAAGUUAGGGGAAAAAACAUACUUCUUCGGGGAUAGACCUACGACUCUUGAUCUAGCCUUAUUCGCUCAUAUUACUCUUGUUCUGACACCAUCACUGCCCAAUUCAUUGUUGCCCGAUGUCAUACGGUCGGAUUACCCUGCACUGGUAUCUCAUCAUGAUCGAAUACUAGCACUACUGUUCCCAAAUUCUUCGUGGACGACGAUACUGCGCAUCUCACCGCCCCCUGCGCGUCAGGAAACGUAUUUCGAAUCGAUCACAUCAUGGUUCUCAACAUACAGUGAAUCAGCUGGAGCGGCCAAGAAGCCAGAAAAGAAAGAAGGGAAAAGCGCGCAGGAGAAGAGGUUUGAGAGGGGCAGAUGGUUAUGGUUCGCUGGAGCUACAGUCGCGAUGAUCGGUUAUCUAUUGACAACAGGGAUGGUAAGUAUAGAGUUUGGAUCAGAGGAGGAAGAUGAGGAAGAGGUGAUAAUUGUGGAAGAAGUUGAAGUUGAUGAAGAAUGA